AUGGGUGGAUAAAAAGCGAAUAAUCAUAUAGAUAAAAUGUUUAUAAUGAGUAAAAGAAUGAAGUCGCAAGCAGCACAAUAAAUAGAUAUACGAUAGAGGACAAUAGCGUUUUAUUCAAAAGUUGUACGCCCAUUACUGAAAUCAUAUAACAGAGGUAGGCUACUUGGCGGAAUACUUAUAUUUAUUUAAUGUAUGCAAAUUGUUAGCCUGCUAUUUUCAGAGAAAGUUAUUUAGUCUAUGGAAAUAAAUACUGAAAAAGAAAAUAAAAGCUUAGAUAUAAGAGAUACAAGAGAAUUUCUUAUCACACAAUAUGCUAAAUAUUUUAGAGUUUAUAUUCUUUUAUUAGAUAUAAUUUGUAGUCCUGAUGAUACUCAACAAAUAUAGAAUAUUUACUACUAUUUUGGUCUUUUUUGCAUGGUAUUUAAUCUCUUCAUUAUCUCCUUUAUCCUUAUUAGAUACAUUUUUUGGGUUUUUAUAGAAUACUCUGAUUUUGUAAGCGAGUAAGAAAAUAACAUUCUAACUGGCAGUAACUACUCUACAGUUACUACAAUUAUUUAGUAGAGAUAAAAUUCACAAUGGAAAAUAUCAAAUAAUCUUAUUUCUCGUAUUUUUUAAUGCUAUAUUUAGGUCUUUGCUAUCACUUUUUGUGACUUUUCUAUUAGAGUCCUUUAUUCUGAGGUGAGUGCUUUAUUUAAUGUUUACGCAGAUCCUGUAACCAAAUCAUUUGGUCUCGUAAUUUUAAUUACAACAAUAAUUUUAUGGCUAUUAAUUCUUGUUAAUGAUUUUGAUUAUUCGAUCAUAGAAAACGAUUCUCUAGCAUAGCGACAUAAUUUUUAUCAAUAUUUACAUUUAUUAAUUACCAUCAUAUAUAUUGGAUUAAGAUACAGCUCGUUGGCAGGUAUUACUCAAACUUACAUUUACUUAAUUUUUUAACUCCUGAGAAUGAUAGUUUUCUAUAAGGACUUUCCAUAUUUUUUUAAUUUUGCGCAACAAGCAGAAAUGCUCUCAAUUUGCUUUAUAGUUAUUAAUUCACUACUUUCUGUAGUGGCUGCUUAGAUAAAUAAAUCAGAUUUUUCUUUGCUCUUUCUCAUUUCGCUUCCUGUCUCUUAUAAAAUUUCCCUGAUGCUCAUUAGGAAAAAGGAUGAGGAGCUUCUUCCUUUUAUGCAGAAGGAAAUGAAAGUCUCAAAUCUCAACAUAGCAAACAGAUACAUAAGAAAGCUCAUAGGUCUCACACAAUUGAGCUAUGAAGUAUAUGCAAACUAAGAAAAAGGUGAAGGCGUUUGCUUUGAAACUCUUUAUACAAAUCAUGUUAUUAAUUGCGAAGAUGACUCUUGCUUCUGUAUCAAGUAUGAAAGAAAUUUUCCUUAAGAAAAGGAGGGAUAAUCCUAAAUUAAGAAAAAUUUAGGUGCGAAAUCAUCUAAUUAAGUUUUUUUUAAUGGAUUAUCUAUUUUAGAAAUGCAUGGAUAUGAAUUUAGAAGAUAGUUCAUAAUAGAUUAUCUCAAUAACUUAUUCGAUAAAUUUUUUAAUUUAAGUAAUAAUUCUGCAUUCAAAUUUAAUUACUAGCAAUAUUAGAAGGAAACUUCUCUUCAAUACAUAAAUGGCGGGAGUCAUACGAAUGUUGGGACAACAACCUCAGUAAAGAAAAUGAGCAGCAUCAAUGCUUUAAUUAGAGGAAAUAGAAAGCUUAAUAAAGAGUAUUUAAAUUCAGGGGCAAUAUAAAUUAGAGCAAUUUAUGUUUACUACCUUAUGUAAAUAGCAAAGGCACCUGCCAAAGCCUUUACAUAGGUAUUUGAGUUGAGAGAAUCUGUCCUUAAGGAUUUAACAUCUCUCCAAGGAAAAUACAUCGUAUAAAGUUUGAUUUAUGAUACAUUUGAAUCAUUUUACCAUUUCUUUUGCACUCCUGAUUAUUAAAACUAGCGCUUAGCUCUCACCCAAGUGAUAGAGUUUGAUUAUCUUAUAAAGUAGUUAAAGAAGUCUAUGCUGGAGGGACUAUAAAAGAAAUAAAGCUACUAUGAAUAUCUUUACUAAGAUUUCAUUAAUUUAAACGAACUUGUACGCUAAAGCGAAACAUGUAUUCUGUAAAAAGAAAUUAUAGAAUAGCAGCUGAUCAGGCUCUUUGACAUAUGUCCAACUCACCCAAAAACUUUUAUUAUUGCAGAUUUGUAUAUAGAGUAUUUUGAUUUCAAAAAAAGGAGAAUAAGAAACUUUGUUUCCAGGUCAAAAAAAGCUAUGAAUUACUUGUUGAGAAAAACUGACAGGAGAGUUGAUUUGCAAGGAAUAAAGUCAUCUGCCUUGUUUAUAUCUUUUAGAUCGAGUUUGAUAACUAAAUCCACCUUUUCAGCUGCAAAGAUGUUUUCGUGCUAAAUAAAUGAUAUUUUAAAUAAAUCAUUUAACAAUCUGAUUCCUGAUUUUUUAGUAAAACAUACUAAUAAGUAUUUGCAAGCCCUCAGCGAAGAAGGAGAUAUGCUAUGGAUUUAGCUCGGGGAACAUUUUUCGUUUAUAAAAAACGCAAAGGGAUAUACAGUUCCAGUGAUCAUUAGAUCAAAGUUGGAUAUAGUUGAUGGAAAUGAUUUUGGGUUGACACUCUAUUUGUAGCCAAGUAAUAAAAAAAAGGAAUAUAUAAUCUGUGACUAAAACUUUUAAUAUCUUGAUUCCACUAAAAAUAUUACGAGAAUACUUUCAAAAAUGAUAUAAGGAAUAGUAAGGUAGUCAUCCUUAGCUGAAAAAAAUGCCACAAAAAAUUAUCUACUAAAAAAAUUAUUGAGGCAGUUUAAUGUUCGAAAUUUAAUUCCGUAUUUAAUGUGCAUUGAGUAAUAUGAAGACAUAAACGAUUUAUAAGAUUAUAAUGAUGUGCUUGGCUUUAAGGAUUAGCAAAGAAGAAAUUUGAAUAAUAAUACAUCUAUACUUGCUAUUCCUGUUAAUGCUAAGCAAAUUUCCUAAUUGGGAUAAUAGGUAAGACUUGAUGCUUACGAAAUUGAUAAAUUUUUUACCACCUACCCUUCUGAUUCUCUUCAAUUCUUAGAAAUAAGUUUUAGUGUUUUAAGACAAAAAAGUUAUUUUGAACCAGAAAAAUAUUUGUAUUAUGUAGAAAUAGCUUAGAUACGCAAAUUUAGAAAACAAUAAGAAAUUAAUGAAUAUAUCAUUGGUUUGAAUGAAAAUCUUACCAAAUUGUAUUAAUCUCCUAUACAAAUACCGCUUUUAAAGACAUCGAUCUUUUAUUUUCAUCCUUAGAAAGAACCAACCUACUUGCUUCAGCUAGAAAAUCAAUAAAGUUAUUAUAUCUAAUAAGAUUCAAGCAGAAAUGAUUUAAAACAAUAAAAUUCAUAAACAAAUAAUUCAGACAAUUAAGAGAAUUUAGAAGAAUCUGCAGAAAGAAGAAGAUAUGAUUACAUUGAAGAAGGAGACAUGGCUAUAAACUCAAAAAAUAAAGUGAGUACAUUAGCUGCAACCAUUUUACAGAACUAGCAAAGCAAACAAGAUAGUGAUGGACAAUCCCCCAGAUAAAUAACAUAAAGCUUCAUUAAUAUGAGUCAUAUAGAAGGAGGCAAGCAGUAAGCUAAAAUUUAAAACACCUAGCACUUGAAUGGUUAUGAACCAAAUAAUACUCUAAAUUAGUACAGCAACAUAAAUAUUUUUACAUAAUAGUAAAUACAAGGUUCAUAAAAUAAUUUCUUUAGUCCAAGAUCUGAAAAUGUAGCAUUAAAUGGUCAUCAUAACUCAGAAACAACUUUUCAAAACAGUGUCAGAGACGUUUCAAUAUAAGAUAAUAAUGCUCGCGAAGAAUAUUAUUUAAAUUACUUGUUAAAUUAGACAUAAAUUUAACAAUCGAAAAUUCCUCAUGAUAUUUUAAGCAGUACAUUAAAUCAAUAAGCAUAGCAAUCUAUUCAAGAGCUUGAUGAAAAAAUUCAGUAGAGCUCAUCUCAAAAUAAUAAUAUGAGAAUAGAGUCGUUUACUAUGACAAAUAGUUUGCUCUCACCAGAAUUAAGAAGACCCAAUAAAAGAGGAGCAUUGAAUAAAAAUAUCUUUCAGAAUGCUGACGAAUCUUAAAUAUAAAACUCUAUUAGUUAUUUGAAUGGGUGGUAAUAAAAAAAAAAAUUAAUUAAAUUAAAAGGAGCUUCUGACACAAAAAUUAAAAGACUAGCUAGGCGUAAUGUAAAUAAAAAUCUAACUAACAUUAAUGUUGAUGCGAUAGAGGAUGAUGAAGAUGAUGAAAAGUAGUAAGGCUAACUUUUUAAUUAAUACUCUUUAAAAGAUAUCAACGGCUCAAAUAAUCAAGAAGACUAAUUUAAUAAUUUAGCAUUAUAAAACAAUUAAUCUGAAGAUAGCGAUUACUUAAAGAAAAAAUAAAAAGAUAUUUUGAGAGAUGACUCUUCUGUAAGAACAGGAGAAAGCUAAUUUUAUUCUAAGAAAGUCAACAUAUUCGAUAUAAUUAUAAACAAGAGAGAACCUGCUGAGAUUUUCUAUAUUAAAGCAACCGGUUUUGCUUCAUUUUUUAUCUUAAUUGUUUUGACAUUUGUGCUAUAUUUGUGGCUAAAAAGUAAUUUUGAUACAGUUUGGUUAAACUUCACAAAUCUUAAAAUAGGUCCAAAUGCUAUAGAGGAAUAUUCGCAGGUAUUGAGAAAUUAUGAACUAAGCUUUACACCGUUUGUGAUUAUGUGUCUCACUAAAGCACAGAUUCUUCCAAGCACUUAUAGAGCAGCCAUUUAGUAAGAUGGUGCAAAUAGCACAACAUAAAAUACGAAAAGUAUUGAUAUCAUUUUUAGAUAACUUUUAUCCUAAUCUUAGUUUUAAGACUUCUUUUUCGAUUAGCAGUAAGAGACUUAGCUUAUGCUUCUUAAUUAAAGAUAUUAAGACGGUUCCCAUUUUACAUACAUGAAUGCAACCAGAGGCUAAUCUCUGGUUUAUCUUCCUUACUAUCUCAGCUACUAUUACAAAGCUUCUUAAGAGUAUUAGAAUCCAAAGAAUUGCAUCAACUUUUAAAAAUUAAAUGAUAUUUACAGUUAAGCAUUUACUUAUUAAAAUUAUUAAGUGUAUGUCGAUUCUCUUGUUUAAGUUUCAACUAUGUCUUAGGAUAAUGCAAAUACUAUUCUUUCAUAAACAAAAUCACUUUUGAUUUUUAGUGUAGUUUUGGUUGAGGUUAUUAGCUCGAUUAUAGUUCUUGUUGUGUUUCCUGUAUAUUAUACUAUUUAAGGAAGAAAAGAAGAAAUACUUAAACUAAUAUGCACAUUUAAUCCACAACUAAUUGCUACAUAGAUAGCUAAGUAUAGAUCAGCAUAGCUGAAUAAAUUAUUUUUGCAUGAUGAUGUUGAAAAAUUGCUCGUUGUUCGUCGUAACUCGUAAGCUGUCUCUUCAAAUUAAAAUACUAUGAAAUUUCUGCCAAUUACAGAAAAAAAGAAGAGAACAAUCUCAUAAACAAAUAGUCUCUAGAGAUUUUCUUUAAAAAUAUCAGUAAUAACAUUUUUUGUUUUUAUUUUACUUUCACUCAAUCCUGUGCUAAAUGUCUUACUAAUGAGGGGAUUCUUUGAUAGUUUUACCCAUAACAUUCAAGAAUAUAGUCUUAUUCUUUUAACCAAGUCCUAUGUUAGUCUCAACUAUUUGUCAUCUUACUUUUUGAUAAAUUUCCCUAUAUAUGGGUUUGGGCUUGAAAAUAGAAAUAAGCUUUACAGAUUUAUGGAUUCAUUAGUCUAAAAUAAUAAAGAUAGACUAAAUGAUUUUUACAACAUAGAUAAUAAUUUUUAAUCAGAUAGAUAUCAAAUAGACAAAUACAAAUCUGUCUUCUUAACGGCUUUGAAAAACGAUGCCUGUCAAAUAUUAUAAGAUAACAAAAACUCAGAAUUCCAAUUUAACAAAUUAGUAAACCCUGAUAAAUGUGGAGAAAUAUUUUAAGGAAAAUUAAAAUAAGGGCUAAUAAUUACUAUAAAGCAAAUGUUUGAUACUAUUUCAAGUUUAAAUGAUGUUGGAAGAACACCAUAGUAAAACCUUUAAUUUUACUUAGGAAUGUAUUUGAAAUGGGUUAGCUAAAAUAAUCUUCAAGAUUUGGAUAUAGCAUACUAUUACUUAAGAGAUUCAAUAGAUUUAUUAGAUAAAUUCGUAGUUAACAUAAGUUAGGAUUACUUUAAUUAUCUCACCACAAUUUAAUUAAUUAUCUUUAUUGAGAGUCUUGUAGUUAUUACGUUUAUUUUUUUAAUUAUUGGUACUUAAUUCAUAAAGAGUCUAGGCAGCACAAUCUAUAAUACUACUUUUCUAUUUACUCUCCUUCCAAUAGAUUCUCUAAUUGAAAAUCCUUAUGUAUUUAAUUUCCUAAGCAAUGAAAAUAGAAGAAUAAAAGCAAAGUGA